UCGUGAGCGAGAUCUAAAAAAAACAAAACUCCCGUGGUCUCCCCGCUCCUGCUGUCUGUCUCGCUACGCAGAGGCAGGCUAGCCGACCUUCUCUUCUCGAGUCCAAGCAGUCAAAGAGUGAAGAUGGUUGGCGGCUCGUGCGCUCGCAGGUUGGCCCGCCGCUCGCGUUCCGCUUUGAUAGCGGCUCUCACGGUGCUGCUGGUCCAGACGCUGAUAGUGUGGAACUUCAGUAGCCUCGAUUCCGGGGAAGAACGGGAAAACGGCGGCGGUGGCGCGUCGAACAUGAGGGAGAAGAGAGACCGGGUCGGCGGUGGUGGCUACAAAGGCAGCAGCGAGUAUAUGAAGCGCGAGGUUCAGCUACAGCACCAUCCUCCACAAGGGAAAGGAACGGUUCGUCACAUACAGCAGCCGGAUGGCUACUAUUCCCACCGCCCCAAGGAGAAAGUCAGAGUGGACAGCAACAAUGAGAACUCUGUGCCCAAAGACUUUGAGAACAUAGACAAUAGUAACUUUGGCGCCCGUUCGCAGCCCCAGCGCCAGCCCCCAGGGGGCGCUGACAGUAACAAACGCAGGGAGAGGCUGCAGGAGAAGGCCCAUGCCGAACAGGCAACCUGGAAGGAUAACGCUCCGAUUCUCAGCCGGAGCUCCAACGAGGUCCUCCAGUACGGACGAGCCGUAGCCCAGAAUGGCUCACUUCCUGUGGGCCCGAAAGCGGUUGGAGCCGGGGUGGGCUCCAGGAACCACCACAGCCGCUCUUCACAGCCACAGAGCCAGGGUCAGGCUCAGACUUACCAACAGUCGCAGUCCCACCCCCAGACUCAACAUAGACACCAACACCCGCAUCAAACCAGGAAGCAGGCGACUGCGGCUCCAUUGGAGGUUGUUUACGACCAGCCGCCCAAGUGUGAGAUCAGUGGGAAGGAAGCCAUUUCAGCUCUGUCCAGAGCCAAGACCAAGGAGUGCCGGCAGCAGAUAGCUGAAGUGUACUGCAGACACAAGGAAGGUCAACUGAUGCCUGAGAAGGUCACCCGCUAUUGUCCCAUAGAGGGUAAGGCCAAUGCCAACGUGGCGUGGGAGGAGGACUCGUCAGAGGGCCCACCGUCGGCCCCCGUCAGGAUAGCCUUCGUCCUGGUGGUCCACGGCAGAGCCUCACGACAGUUCCAGAGACUUUUCAAGGCCAUCUACCACACCUCACACUACUACUAUAUACAUAUAGACCAGCGCUCCAACUACCUUCACAGACAGGUGCAGGCCCUGGCCUCCCAGUACCCCAACGUGAGGGUGACGCCCUGGAGGAUGGCAACCAUCUGGGGUGGUGCCAGCCUGCUCACCAUGUACCUCCGCAGCAUGGCAGACCUCAUCACCAUGACCGACUGGAGCUGGGACUUCUUCAUUAACCUCAGCGCUGCAGACUACCCCAUCAGAACCAACAGCCAGCUGGUGGCCUUCCUGUCCAAGUACAGAGACAUGAACUUCAUCAAGUCCCACGGCAGAGACAACGCCAGGUUUAUCCGCAAACAAGGUCUGGACCGACUUUUCUUUGAGUGCGACACCCACAUGUGGCGACUUGGUGACCGCAAAAUCCCAGAAGGCAUUUCUGUGGACGGCGGUUCUGAUUGGUUCCUGCUCAAUCGUCCGUUCGUGGAGUACGUUAUAAACUCCCAAGACGACCUGGUCACCAACAUGAAGCGCUUCUAUACCUACACACUGCUGCCCGCCGAGUCGUUCUUCCAUACGGUGCUGGAGAACAGUGCUCACUGUGAGAGCAUGGUGGACAACAACCUGCGCAUCACGAACUGGAACAGGAAGCUGGGCUGUAAGUGUCAGUACAAACACAUAGUGGACUGGUGCGGCUGCUCCCCCAAUGACUUUAAACCUGCCGACUUCCACCGCUUCCAGCAAACGUCCCGCCCUACGUUCUUCGCCAGGAAGUUUGAAGCCAGUGUUAACCAGGAGAUAGUGAACCAACUGGAUGGCUACCUGUUUGGACCCAUGCCCCAGGGGACCCCUGGCCUCCAGGCCUACUGGGAGAGUGUGUUUGACGAGGCGGAUGGGGUCGCGACCCUGAGCGACACACAGCUCACACUCUACCAUGCGUUUGCUCGUCUGGGCCUGGCCAGGGCGGCAGCAUCGCUGCAAGGAGAUCCUAAGGAUGACAGCUGCAGGUAUUUCCCCAUGGGCCACCCGGUGUCAGUGCAUCUCUACUUCCAGUCGGACCAGUUCCAAGGCUACCUGGUCCAGCACCACGCCACUAAUCUGGCAACCAGCAAGCUGGAGACCCUGGAGACCUGGGUGAUGCCCAGGAAGACCUACAAGGUGGCUUCCCCUCCCAGCACCUUCACCAGGCUGCAGUUCACUGAGAUCGGCACAGAGUGGGAUGCCAAAGAGCGCAUGUUCCGUAACUUCGGUGGCCUGAUGGGUCCCAUGGACGAGACAGUCGGGAUGCAGCGUUGGGCCAAGGGCCCCAACGUGACCGCCACCGUGGUGUGGAUCGACCCCACCAACGUCAUCGCUGCCACCUACGAUAUCCUGAUCGACGCCAGCGCAGAGUACACCCACUACAGACCCCCCCUGAACCAGCCUCUCAGGCCUGGGGUGUGGACCAUACGGGUGUUGCAUCACUGGAGCCCCGUGGCCGAGACGAGGUUUCUGAUUAGUCCGCUGGCUUAUAUGAAGCAUCAGCCUAUAAGACAAGAGGACACGCUGAAGCUCCACAACGGACCAGCCAAGAACAGUUAUAUGGAGCAGAGCUUCCAUGGCCUGAACCCCGUGCUCAACAUCCCUGUACACCUGGGCCAGGUGGAGCAGGCUAAGCGCAACGCCGCCCUGACUGGCCCCACGUUGGAGCACUGGAUAGACGGCCUGGUGGGUGCGAUGUGGGAGGCUGGGGACGUGUGUUCCACCUCCAUGACAGGGGGACCUGGAACAUCCUGCCCCGUCAUGCAGACCUGCGCCAAGACCCCCUGGAGCUCGCUCAGCCCGGACCCCAAGUCCCAGCUGGUCCCGCCGCACGCCGACGGGCGCAUCAGGUAGCAGUGGCGCCUCCGGCUGGACAGGAGGCCACACUGCAGGUCUUAAGUUUAAAUAAUUUAUUUUUUAAAUCUCCUUUUUGUUUUAUUUGUAUUUUUCAGUCGACGUAAUGGAUCACAUAAGGAGAGAAAAUACGGAAGUUGUGUUUCUUUUAAGGUUUGUUUGAGGUUGAAGGAACGUUGAAGAGAAAGAGAAUGUCUGGGGAAGGUUCUGUGGUGUUUCAGACUCCUCCUCUUUGGGGUUUUUGCCGGCUUUGUCGUGUUCUGUUUCCCAAUGUAUUCAUUUGAAUCUCGCCGCUGAGUUUACUGUGAUUGAUGCUGUGUCCGACGUAGAGACAAAUGUUGCUUUGCCAAGCACCUAGUAAGGCCGCCUAGUCUGCUGCUAAAUGGAAGAGCGAUUGAGAAGUCAGUCAGAAGUCAGAGUGUUCGGGUGGAACAGGAUAGUCGACACUGGUAGUGGACCAAGUUCUGGGCCCGUAUUCACAAAGCCUCUCAGAGUACGAGUGCUGAUUUAGAAUCAGUUUUCUCUUUUAAAUCAUAAUGAAUAUGAUUAUAUAGACAGGGCGGGACCUGGUCCUAGAUCAGCACUUGUACUCUGAGGUGCUUUGUGAAUACGAGGCCUGCUUCUCAAGGUUGGUUUGGCCUACAUGUAGGGAGAUAGACUGAACCGCAACCUCGGAGGGUGUCGCGAAGAUGUAUCAGUUUUUUUUUAAAGCAAAAUUCCUUGCCUCGAUCUUUGCGUAUGACUGACAAAGUUACUAUGGCACAGCGCUACUUAUUGACUUUCAGUGCCUGAACAGGAGAAAGGUGUGUGGGUGUGACUGGACUAUGGCGAGGCAUUUGUGCCAGUAGAAGUUGAAUUCAAUUCAUGAAUGAUUGAAACUAGAUUCAGUUCCUAUUGGCACUGAUAUCACUCCAUACUGGACAGCCUGAAACUUGAAAUGAAAGUAUAUCAGCUGUGCUUUCGCAAGAAAACAGACGUUCUCAAGCUUAUUUUAUCAUUUCCUUUUCUAAGAUUUUUUGUUCAUUUGUUUUUAACGACAGUUUAUGUUGCAAGUAUGAAACAGAUUAUGUCUCAAAGUUAUUGUCGAGUGAAUGGAGUGAGUUGUCCACAAGUUGCUAUUUAUUUAUAAGUUUAUAUAAAUACAGAAUAUUUUUAGUCAAUGACUAAAUGACUACAACGCUGCUUUGGCAGCUCGAUAAACAUUUUUUUGUAAAGAGAAACUGCCUUUAUUUACAAAGGCCAAUGCCCCAAUGAACCUGUAUACCUAUUUUGGGCGCAACAAACCUAAUGCCCGCCUGUGUGUCCGUGUUGUCCGGUCUGAAUAGCUCUUCCUGUCUUGGUUCUUUCGUCGACUGUUUGCAAAGUCUUCAUCACACGGGGAAGCACCCAGGACUGAAAGGUCACAACUUCCUCCUGACAACCUCCCCAAACAGAGAAGUUAACAAAAAAAGACAGAAACACUCCAAAAACUCUCCAACGUGUGUGUUGAAGUCAUUUCGUGGCGAUGUUACAUUUCCUACUCGGUUCCGUGUCAGUACCAGGAUGUUAGUGAUUGAUGAUGCUGUUCAUGCUUUGGCAAAAAUGGAAACAAAUAGUGAAUUAUAUCUUGUAUCUUGAUCAAGGAACUGUCGGAUUGGGCCCAGGCAACUUUGGUUUUCACCUGUUCUACUACAUGCUAAGUUCUUUUGCUGCCAUCAAGACUCUCUCUCAGUGUACCACAGUUCAAACACAGCCUAUAGCACAGUGCCCCCUUCUCCAACCACCAUGGAGGGUAACUACGAUCUGCCUCUUCGCUUGUUUGGCUUCAACUCAAUUCUCCUCACAACCUAAUUUGGUCCCAAUUUAGAAUCCAAUCUGUGAUUGUCAACGUGAUUUGGCAGUCAAACGUGCUAAGUGAAUGUUUUCACCAGGGCUCAUCAGCGAUCAUUAGUGAGUUAAUCAAUGGCCCAAGUUCACCUUGGACCUUGUUGGAUGUAUCGAUCCUAAUAAGUGUCAGUCCUGUCACUCAAACUUGAACUGUUGUGUGUUGUUGCCAUGGUUACAAAGAAGGGCAAUUUUGCCUAUAUAGGGCUAAAACCCACAGCCUUUCCUAUGGGGAAAGAAUAGGGUUUUUGGAUAAACACUGAAAAUAUGGUCUGAGGUAAACACAGGCUUAGGAGAUCUUAUACACUUUGUUCUAUGAGAUAAUAGCAGCCAGUUAACAUGACCUUUAUUCAUUAUGAAGCCUUUAUGUGCUUUUUUUAUUACAUAAAUGCAUAAAAAGUGACGUUAGCUGAUGAAGAUUAUCUCCUAGAACAAAACGUAUAAGAUCUCCUAAGCCUGUGUUUACCACAGACCUUAUUUUCAGUGUUUAUCUAAAAAAAACUUCAAAAAUGCCAUUCAUUUUCCCAUAGGCUUUGUCCAACAAAACAUGGUGGAUUUAGUGCCUACAAAAAGACACCAUUACUAUUUCUCUGUAUUAGCUAGCUAGCUAACAACAUAACAGCUAGAUACAGAUAUGACCCUGACCUCCUUUUACUGGCAGUGCCAUUGUCACAUUGAAACAAAUACUGAAAUUGAGGAAUACUUUGCCCAUUGUUCAAAAGUACAAUUAUCAUUCUCGAGAAGUGAAUUGAAAUAUGUUACUCGGUGUAAAAGUCCUAUUUUGUUACAAAAAAUGAAGAAAAUGUACAUAAAUAUUUUGUAUUGAAAAUAUGUUUCAAACUCAUUCUAUGUAAAUACAGAUGCAGUGUGGAAAGAUUAUGAAGUGGAAUUAUAGUAAAAGAAGAACUGAUACCUAGUGUUACUUGUUGCUAGUUGGCCACAGAGUGAUUUUAGGUACAUAACCUGUUUCAAUGUUUUGGACAGAUCUAAGGAGUAAGGAAUGACUCAGAAUUGGGUAAAGCUUUUAAUAUUAUUGUUCGCCUUUCAGAGAACAUCAUGACAGGAUGUUGUUCUCUCUGCUGGAAUGUAUUGUUCAGCAACUGUUGCACAAACGUCUCUGAACUCAACGUUUCCCGAAGCGUCUGGGGAAACGUCAAAGUUUCCUAAAGUUUCAGGGGGAAACUCUGUGCCUUAGCUAUCUAUCUAUACUCCUGCCUAGGGGACUCUUCAAACGUUCUGUCCAUCUAUGAACAUUAAAUUGUUACGGUCGUUUUUACUUUCCACAAAAAAAAGUGAAAGAAGAGCACCAAGAGUUAGUCGUUGUGAUUUGAUGAAACCUGUAACACCAAAAAGAUGUCCUCUGUUGUAAAUACCAAGCCUUCUUGUCUUUCGCUUUUACAUUUUUGUGGAUAUUUUUUUUUUUGUUGGUACAUUUUUCUCUGACUGCUUUCUUUGAAAUAAAAGAGCUCUCUCUAAA